GGAGCAGGGAGGCCGGUCCGCUGGCAGGCGCAGGCUGGGGCUCGAGGCUGAGGUCCGCUCCUCGUCCCAGUCCCGUGAUUUUCUCCCGGGGAUCCCCCUUGGGCGAGCGUCUCCCGGGGCUCGGCGGCUCCCAACUUUUGCCCUCGGCUAUGGCAGCCCGCGCCGGGGAGAGGCUCCGGGUGUCAGGUACGAGCCUCACAGGAAACCGGACAUCCGAACUGCCCUCGGUGGCGGCCGGCGAGGUGAAGCGAGGGCGCCCGGGGGCCGGCUCCGCCGAUCGCGGUUUUGUUUUGGGCGUUUUGCAAAGAAGGGGGGGUGGGGUGGUUAAGCCCAAGUCACCCCGCGAUGUUCCACUAGUCCCGAGGAGCCCUCGGGUCGCCUCGUCCCCCUCCUCCCUCCCCUCGUCCGAAGUGAAAGGAGCCGGGCCGCGGGAGCCGCUGGAGGAGGCGGUGGUGGCGGCGGAGCCGGGGGGCGGGAGGAGGGCGGCGGGGCGCCCGGCGGCGGCGAGGCCCGCGAGCUCCCGGGCGCUCGAGCCUCCUGCGCGCGCGGGGCCGAGCGGUGGCGGUGGCGGCGGCGGGCGCAGGGGCAGGGCAUGA